AUGGCACAGGCAAACCCUGCGGAGAAACCCCAGGAAUCCUCAGAAAUGGAAGUGAAAGAUACAGGAAAUGCUGCUUCUUUCAAGUUCAAUGCUCAGGCACCUGAGUUCGUUCCCAGAUCACAUACCCAGGUGCCGAUUUCCGGUUAUUUCUAUCCCUGCUUUCACUUUCUUGGUGACACUGCUUCCCCGGAUUGGUUUUACAUUGGGGACCAAGAAUUGCCUCCUUAUUUGAUCUCCAAUCCUAAUAUUCCUACAACCAAUCGAUCCAAGAAUGUUCUGCCAGAUGAGCUUCAGCAUAAGAUCAUCAAACAGGUGGAGUACCAGUUCAGUGACAUGAGUCUUCUAGCAAAUGAAUCAUUAGCAAAACACAUUAGUAAAGAUCCUGAAGGCUAUGUUCCGGUAUCUGUUGUUUCUUCUACAAAAAAAAUGAAGUCGCUUAUUAGUAACAACCAUAUGCUCGCACAAGCACUCCGGUCCUCUUCAAAGCUUGUUGUAAGUGAUGAUGGAAAGAAGGUUAAACGUAAGCACCCUUUCACUGAAAAAGACAAAGAAGACUUGCAGGCUCGUACUGUUGUGGCAGAGAACUUGCCAGAAGAUCACUCUCAUCAGAACCUAGAGAAGAUAUUUAAUGUGGUUGGGAGUGUGAAAACUAUCCGAAUAUGCCAUCCCCACGAAUCCAAUUCUUCCCGGUCCAAAGGUGAUUUCAUUAUCAGUAACAAGCUCCAUGCACUGGUGGAGUAUGAGUCAACUGAAAUAGCAGAGAAAGCGGUUGAUAAGUUGAGUGAUGAGAGGAACUGGAGAAAAGGACUCCGAGUAAGGACUUUGCUCAGACGCACGCCAAAAUCCGUUUUGAAGAACAGAAAGUCUGAAUUCGAUAUUUUAGAAGAUGAUGACACACCACACUAUGAGUCUGCAGAAGAUAGUUCUCAGCCAAUAAGCCACAUUGAUAUAGUUAUUGACAGUAUGAAUGCUGAAGAAAAUUCAAUGGCAUCCAAGAAAGGAUGGGCGUGGGGACGUGGGAAGGCCCGGGGACGUUGUGCAAGCCAAAGUGGACGUGGCCUGAUUGCUCCAUCUCCGCAAUCAAGCUGCGCCAUACAGUGUGAAGCAUCUGCCAAACCAAAUACAAAGGGCCCGAGAAUGCCAGAUGGGACUAGGGGUUUCACCAUGGGAAGAGGCAAGCCAUUAAGAACCUCCAGUUCGCCUUAA